UACGAGCUGAAGCUGUCUGACAUUGCCCAGGAAUGAAUGGACCGAGUGCACACUUUGUAGGACUGUCUGUGAAGAAGCUUAAAGUUGGGAGUAUUUCGGGAGAUACACUCGUGCCCUCCCUCUCUCCCUCGGAAAGCCACUUUCUCCAGCGUCUGGUUGAAUCCAGAUUUUCGCUUUACAAACAUUUUUUCCGGACACUCGACGAUUGGGAACAUAAAUGAUGAAGUUGAAGCCCAACCAGACCAGGACGUACGACGGCGAAGGGUUCAAAAAGAGAGCGGCGUGUGUGUGUUUUAAAAACGAAAAAGAGGAAGAGGUGCUUCUAGUGAGCAGCAGUCGACAUCCAGACCAAUGGAUUGUGCCAGGAGGAGGAAUGGAGCCAAAGGAGGAGCCCUGUGGGGCCGCCGUCAGGGAGGUGUACGAGGAGGCUGGUGUGAAGGGAAAGCUUGGCAGACUACUUGGGAUUUUUGAGCAAAAUAAAGACAGUAAGCACAGGACAUACGUCUACACCCUCAUUGUGACGGAAACACUGGAAGACUGGGAGGACUCUGUCAAGAUUGGACGGAAGAGGAAGUGGUUCAACGUUGACGAAGCCAUUAGAGUGCUGCAGAGCCACAAGCCUGUCCAUGCAGAGUACCUUCGCAGGCUCACACACACCUGCGGCCCGGUGUGUAGCCAGAAUAACAGCAACACCCCGAGCUCCCAAGUGACACACAACAACACGCCUCAUUAUGUUGCUCAGAUCUAGCCGGCAGAAAGGACAAUCACCAGCAGCAAGCAGUUGUUCUACACUGGGAUGGACAUCUGGCCACGACCUCUGCAGUGAUUGCAUCACUAACGAAGCCUCUUAAUAUGUACAGUAUGGACUUCCUUGAAGUUGAAUUUGAAACUCAUUUUGAGGUAGUGCCAAAAUGUUUUCCAACCAUAUUCAAGAUUUUACAUGUAUUUUUUGUAAUAACCAUCAACAGCUAUUUGAGCAAAUGUGUCCUUUUUAAAGCGUUCAGCUUUAGACAGUUUUUCUGAUUGUGCUGCUCAUGCAAUGUGAAGUUCCUGUUUAGGCUAUAUUGCUGAAUAUUUGACCAGCAGUGCACACAAGUAUUUGGGUGGUCUUAAUGGGAAGCGUUUGCUCUUCGAGGAUGUCAUAUCCACAGAGUGACUCAGUGCCAAAAAAUGUGUAUAAAUUAAAUGGCAAGGUUCAGUUUCUUUUUUUAAAUGUUAAGACACUUUAAGGCAGUACAACUGAGCUCACCUCAGUAUAAGUCAAGUCUUGUGAGGUAGUUUGCCUAAAGAGAGCUGAGGGCAAAGUCUGAUUUGAUACAAUAAGUGUGAACAAGCUUGCUCCUCCUAUAUUUACAAAUGUACACGUACACACAGUAUUAUCUCUAAUCACUGGUAACAGUGUAACACUGUAAUAAAGAUUAGGUGAAUAUCUGCAAACCAGUCACCAUACUGAAAUGCAGAUGUCAAUAGUUCCUUCUCAGACAAAUCUUAUAGUAGUACAAAUUAAUGUUGUCGGACUGAGAAGCAAUUCAUAAAGUUAUAGAAAUGUAAAGUCACCAUAUUGAAAACAUGUGUAUUUCCCAAAGAAAGAAAGAAAGUCUUUAGCACAUACUGUAUCUUUCAAGAAAUAAUACUUAUCUGCAUGAGACACUAUUAUUAAGUGCAUUUGAUUUGACAAAUGUGAAGUCCUGUCUGGGAGGGUUUUAAACUUUUAACGCAUAUUUACAGUGUGCUUUACUCUGAUUCUUCUAAGUGCCUUAAACAAUCGUACAUUGUGUUUGGUUUUUAGAUACUGUACACACAAGUGUCUGAACCAGCCUCUUAUUUAUCUCAGCUGUGGUUAGAUUUAAACAAUAGGAUGUUAAAGGAAACAUGGAAAUGUUGUUACAAUUGAAUGUGCAGUAUUUAGUAUGAAUUGAUUGCAUUUAUUUAUUUAUGUUUAAUAGGGAAAUACCCCCUCCCGUCAUAAACAGGAAAUUAUGACAGGAACCAUGACAGGAAGUCAUGGUCAGUGUGCCAGACGUGUUUUUGUCAACACCACAGAAAGAGUUUAUUUACAAGAACUGGCUCUUUUAUUUAGUGAGCAUGGGGAGGAUCACUGAUAAGCCUUUUUUUCUAUGUGUGUAUGUGUGAUUGGAAUAUUUUGCAAUUAUGCUGUAUAUAAAACAUUUAAAUAAAAAAAGGUCUAUUCAU